AUGGAUCCAUUACUAGAUUAUCUCAAUACCCAGUCGCUCACGCACUCAUAUAUUAAUAUAGAUGUGGAGGAUAUCCCGCAUUUACAUCACGCAGUCUGCUAUUAUACACAAUCUCCUUCUGUCUUACACAAAUAUGAGGGUCUAAGAAACGAGCCAUCAAGGUUACCUAGCUUCGACUUCUCGCAGAUGAAGCGGACGAGUCCGUCUCAGGUGGAUUACAAACUGAGAGUCAGACUGUAUACGAUGCAGUUGAGGUUGGAGAUCAUAAUGUCCGAGUUUAGACUUGCAGGAGGAACAAUUUCAAGGCUGAAAGAUUUAUUUGCUCAGCUGGGACUACAGGACGAAAUUGGCGCAUUGGUGCAGGUGAUAACGUUAAGGUCGGAGCUUCUUGAAGUGGAAGCUGUGUUGCAAAUGGAUAGCGAUGAAAAGGGUACAUUAUUUGAUCAUCUCGCAAAGGUUAAGAACACAGUGAAUUCUUACAUUGAUCAAUCGACGAAAUUGGUCAUUGACUCAGCCAAUAGAACCGCUGCACUGAGCAUCACUGGAAUGGGCACUGAUGCGCUAAGAGAUCCGGUCGAUUUAUAUGCGAUAGAGAAAAGGAAAACGGCUCUAGACAUAGAUAUUGCAAAUCUUGCAAAAAUAGUAAAAAUAAAGGACAAGUCUUUAGACCCUUUAAUUUCAUCACAGGAGACAAUACAUGCUCUAUUUGAGCUACUCAAACAGAGACCUCUAGAUAAUGAGAUCCUUAUCGAAUUGGCUCAUCAGUACUUAAAUAUCGGCAAGUUCAAGUAUGCGUUGUGGUGUGUUAGUGAAUCCUUACUUAUAGGAUGUAAUGAUGCAUGGAAUAUUUGGUCACUACGGGGUGAGAUCUGCAUGCUACAAAGUGUUGCUUUGUUAAAGGAUGAAGAUGGUACAAAUGCUGCUCGGAAUUGGCUAAAUAUUGCAAUUUCAUCGUUUUGUUACUCAAUUGAGCUCUGCGAAGGUUAUAUCCGUGCAUGGUGUGGAAUUUAUAGAUGUCUAAACAAGCUGAAAGGCUUUGCAGAACUCGAUAGUGUCCAACUUAGCCUGCUCGAUAUUUCUCUUAAACUUUUAAAUGAAAAGAAAAAUGAUCAUGCUGUUGCUUUGGAUGAAAGGGAGAAUAUUAAAUGGAUAUUGGGAAGUUGA